CCCCAGAGCAAAUUGUCAGAUCAGAAGGAGAAAUUAUGUCAUUCUUCCAAAGGAAUGAAUUAAAAAGUGCUUCCUCCUGUGACUGAUUGACAGAAAAAGGGGUAUAUAUAAAGGAGGGAGCUGCUGCCUAAAAGCCAGUAAGAGAAAUUCUAACCUCAGCAGAGUGCAUACUGAACACUUGAGAAGUUUUGGAGUAGGCUUUUCAAAAGGAUUUCAGCUUUCAUUCUUUCUUGGUUCAAAUUGGAGCAUCAUUUCUCAUUGGAGUUCUUUUUCUUAAAGAUCAGGUGUGAUGCUACAGGGAGGUAGGAUGCUCUGGUGGCUGGUCCUCUUGGCUCUCUGGGUAUUCUCCAGUGCCCAAGAUGGUGAUGCAGAAGAUGAUACUUCCUUUGACCUAUUUGAAAUCAGUAACAUAAACAGAAGAACAGUUGGUGCCAAGCAAUUCCGAGGGCCUGACCCUACUAGUCCAGCAUAUCGCUUUAUUAGAUUUGAUCACAUUCCCCCAGUGAAAGCUGAGAUCCUGAAGAAGAUGAUAAAGAUGAUGAGGCAAAAUGAGGGCUUCUUCCUCACUGCCACUCUAAAGCAGGACAAACAUUCACGGGGUACACUCCUGGCUUUGGAAGGUCCAGGAAACUCUCAACGGCAGUUUGAGAUUAUAUCCAAUGGCCGGGCCAACACUCUUGACCUGAUUUACUCAGGAGAUAAGGGCCAGAAUGUGAUUUCUUUAGAGGAUGUGGAUCUGGCUGAUUCCCAUUGGAAAAAUAUCACUGUGCAACUGACAGGGGAGACCUAUGGCCUCUAUGUGGGCUGUGACCUCAUUGACAGUUUCAUUCUGGAGGAGCCCUUCUUUGAGCAGCUGAAGGCUGAGAAUAGCAAGAUGUAUGUGGCCAAAGGCUCCAUCCGAGAAAAUCAUUUCAGGGGUUUCCUUCAAGAUGUCCGUUUAGUUUUUGAAACUUCUGUGGAAGAUGUUCUCAUCAAAAGAGGAUGUCAGCGAAGCCAAACAGCUGAAAUGAACACCAUCAAUGAAAGCACAGAGAUCCUCCGUCUUAGCUCAACAGAAUAUGUUGGUCCCAAUACAGAGAAAAAUGCAGAAGUCUGUGAGCGCUCCUGUGAAGAGUUGGGCAGCAUGAUCAAUGAAAUAUCAGGACUGCGAAGCCUGGUCAAUACCCUUACAGAACGCUUAACUAAAGUGACAAAUGACAAUCAAGUUCUCUGGGAACUCGUUGGUGUCCCUCUAAAGGUGAGGAACCAGACAGCAUGUUGGCAGGAUGGUCGUUUCUUUCAAGAUAAUGAGACCUGGGUGGUGGACAGCUGUACUAAAUGUACUUGCAAGAAAUUUAAAACUGUUUGCCACCAAAUCACCUGCCCAGCAGUGGCUUGUGCCAAUCCCAUCUUUGUUGAAGGUGAAUGCUGUCCUUCCUGUUCUCCUUUCAAUGACAACGAAGAAGGCUGGUCCCCAUGGGCUGAAUGGACAGAAUGCUCUGUCACAUGUGGUUCAGGAACACAACAGAGAGGACGCUCGUGUGAUGUCACUAGUAACACAUGCCUGGGACCCUCUAUCCAGACAAGAAUGUGCAGUCUUGGCAAAUGUGACAACCGAAUACGGCAAGAUGGUGGCUGGAGUCAUUGGUCCCCUUGGUCUUCCUGCUCUGUAACCUGUGGAUUGGGGAACAUCACUCGUAUCCGUCUCUGCAAUUCUCCUGUCCCACAGCUGGGAGGAAAGAAUUGUAAAGGAAGUGGACGUGAGACAAAAGAAUGCGAAAAGGCCCCUUGUCCAAUUAAUGGCCGGUGGAGUCCAUGGUCUCCCUGGUCUGCCUGCUCAGUAACAUGUGCAGGAGGGAUUCGUGAGAGGUCCCGGGUCUGUAACAAUCCUGAGCCACAGUAUGGAGGAAAAGAUUGUGUGGGAGAUGUCAAAGAACACCAGAUGUGCAACAGACGGAGCUGUCCAAUUGAUGGAUGCUUAUCCAAUCCUUGCUUCCCUGGAGCAGAAUGUAAUAGUUUCCCUGAUGGCUCUUGGUCGUGUGGCUCUUGCCCAGUUGGCUACUUAGGAAAUGGCACUCAUUGUGAAGACCUUGAUGAAUGCACAGUUGUCACAGAUGUCUGCUUCAUAUCCAAUAAAGUUCACCGCUGUGUCAACACCAACCCAGGGUUCCACUGCCUGCCAUGUCCCCCACGCUACAAAGGAACCCAGCCCUUUGCAGUGGGGCUGGAGGCAGCCAGAACAGAAAAGCAAGUUUGUGAACCUGAAAACCCGUGCAAAGACAAGACUCACAACUGCCAUAAGCAUUCAGAAUGCAUCUACCUGGGCCAUUUCAGUGAUCCAAUGUACAAGUGUGAAUGCAAGACUGGUUAUGCUGGUGAUGGGCUUAUCUGUGGGGAAGACUCAGAUCUAGAUGGCUGGCCCAAUAAAAACCUGGUCUGUGCAACAAAUGCUACCUAUCACUGCAUUAAGGAUAACUGUCCCCACCUACCUAAUUCUGGCCAGGAAGAUUUUGACAAAGAUGGAAUUGGUGACGCUUGUGAUACUGAUGAUGACAAUGAUGGAGUGGAUGAUGAGAAGGACAAUUGUCCUCUUCUCUUUAAUCCUCGUCAAUCUGAUUAUGACAAGGAUGAGGUUGGAGAUCGCUGUGAUAACUGUCCUUAUGUACACAACCUUGCUCAGAUUGACACAGACAAUAAUGGUGAAGGUGAUGCUUGUUCUGUAGAUAUAGAUGGAGAUGAUGUUUUUAAUGAGAGAGACAAUUGUCCUUAUGUUUACAAUACUGACCAAAGGGACACUGAUGGUGAUGGGGUUGGAGAUCACUGUGAUAACUGUCCCUUGAUGCACAAUCCCGAUCAGACUGAUGUGGAUAAUGACCUUGUUGGUGACCAGUGUGAUAACAAUGAAGACAUAGAUGAAGAUGGCCACCAGAAUAACCAAGACAAUUGUCCCUACAUAUCAAAUGCUAAUCAAGCUGACCAUGAUAAUGAUGGCAAGGGGGAUGCCUGUGACUCUGAUGAUGACAAUGAUGGCAUUCCAGAUGACAGGGACAAUUGCCGACUUGUUUUCAAUCCUGACCAGGAGGACUCAGAUGGUGAUGGAAGGGGUGAUAUUUGUAAAGAUGACUUUGACAAUGAUAAUGUUCCAGAUAUUGAUGAUGUGUGUCCAGAAAACAAUGCCAUCAGUGAAACUGAUUUUAGAAAGUUCCAAAUGGUGCACUUAGACCCUAAGGGAACAACCCAGAUAGAUCCCAACUGGGUAAUUCGUCAUCAAGGGAAGGAGCUGGUACAGACAGCCAAUUCUGAUCCUGGUAUAGCUGUAGGUUUUGAUGAAUUUGGUUCUGUUGACUUCAGUGGCACAUUUUAUGUCAAUACUGACCGUGAUGAUGAUUAUGCUGGGUUUGUGUUUGGCUACCAAUCAAGCAGUCGGUUUUAUGUUGUAAUGUGGAAGCAGGUCACCCAGACUUAUUGGGAAAACCAACCCACCAGAGCUUAUGGCUACUCAGGUGUAUCACUCAAAGUGGUAAAUUCCACCACUGGAACUGGAGAACAUCUCAGGAAUGCUCUAUGGCACACAGGAAACACAGAAGGACAGGUUCGUACCUUAUGGCAUGAUCCCAAGAAUGUUGGCUGGAAAGAUUAUACUGCCUACAGGUGGCAUCUGACUCACAGACCCAAGACAGGUUAUAUGAGAGUUUUAGUACAUGAAGGGAAGCAAGUCAUGGCAGAUUCAGGACCAAUUUAUGAUCAAACUUAUGCUGGGGGUCGGUUAGGUCUUUUUGUCUUCUCCCAAGAAAUGGUCUUUUUCUCAGACCUCAAAUACGAAUGCCGAGAUGUCUGAGCAAGGGAUGAUGCCUUUCCAGCAAAGUACUGUAUGUGCUGUGUGUAACUUAGACACCUCAAUUCAUCACGGUACUUCCAGCUUCUCUCUCUGUGCCUCCUCCUCCUCCUCCUGCUCCUUGGCCCUUUCCUCUGAGUGGCCUUUCAUCUUUCCAUUCCCAGGAGUGGCUCAGCCAGUCCUGUGCCCAAGUGCCUUCUGAGAAGUAAGAUCAAAAGGACAUUAACACAAUGGCUAAUGGCCAAUGUGCCAUAGAAGCAAAAUAGAAUAUGUUAGAAACUCUCUGCAGAGGGAAAAAAAAUGAGCAAGACUAUGUGUGUCACUGUUUUUUGUUUAUUUUAAAAGGAUGACGUUUACAUGUAAAGUGUAAUUACUUAAUGAAUUUAUGUAUAUGUAGCUGAAGAGGAUGCUGAGUAUAAGCCUUGUCUUAAAUUAAGCAGAAAAUGAGUGCUAAACCACUUCUCAAUCCAGGACUGGCUUCCAAGAAUACAUCAACCAAGAAUGAAUAGGAGGAAUUAAACCAAGGCUGUAGUGCUUCAACAAGAGUAAGGAAGGAGUGAUAAGGUGGUAUAAGGGUCACAGAAGUCAGAGUAAUGUGUCCUCCAACUGGCUGGGGGGGUUCUGGAGGAGAAAAUCCCAUGGAAAAGAACCAAGACAACCCACACUUUCAAAGAAAGCUUUCUACAUCAAGACCAGGAAAUACUUUCCAUAGGGUACCUAGCUAUAGGUCCUCAUUUAGUCAAAAGCUAGGCUCUAGAGUUUGGAAGAAAAGUCAGCCUGGCCAAAACAAAACCCGGCUAUGGGAGUUAUUGAAGCAGAGCAUCCCAACUUAUGCCUCCAAUCAUUGUUGUAAAUUCCUCUUUUUUAUCUGUGGUUUUCCAUUCUCUGAUUUCAUGUGGGUUGUUGUUUUUCCCCUUUGAUACAUUUUCCCAAUCUCUGCUGCUGAAAAAAGAAAAAGAAAUAAAUAAAAGAAAAAAAAACCAAACAAAUGCACUUUGACAUGUAAAUCCUGAUCUGAUCCGGGCUUUGCAAAUGAUGGCAAUGUUACUGUUACCUUGUUUGGUAACACAUUAAGGUUCCAAUUAUAAAUGUUUGUUAAUAUUUAUUAGAUGAUUAUUCAGAUGCAGCCAUGUUCUCUAAUAACUUAUUUUAAGCAUGUCAUUCAUUGCCUUUGUAGUACAUUUUUGAGAAAUAAAAGUAUGAUCAUAUAGCAAUGUGUACAUACUGCUAAAUCAGUGUAUGUACCUCUCAAAAUAUAUAACUUGAUAUUAUUUUGUCAUAAACCUUGCUAUUGAUUACCACAGGAUAAAAUAAAUAAUAAUAAAGAGUUUAUAAAUGGAGCCUUUAUAUAUAUAGUUAUCCCCAAAUUUAAUUCACUAUUUUAUACUAUCAUCUGCCUGUUGUACAUAGGAUGUUUUCUUGAUUGAAUACUGAAGGGAAACCAGCAUUUAGUUUAACUAGAUCCACCAGUUAAUCAGUUAUUCACUAAUGUAAAAUUGUUGAAUAUCUUUUUUUUUCCUUUGCAUUAAGUUGCAUGUACUUUCUGCACAAGAAAUACUUUCUGACCAAACGUCACAUAUGGACUAGAAAAAUUUCUCUUGCCUGGCCCUGGGCAAAAAUCUCUCUCUCCUUAUCUUUUUCUUUCUUAUGGAGAUUUUUAUUCCUGUUAACAAUAAGAAAUAAUCCAUUCUUUUUGACAUUGUUGCACAUUUUAUUGCAUUUUCAUAUUAGCAAAUGUUAAAAAAUGUUUCUGAUGGUUACUUUUAUUGUGGUUUAGGUUUUGUAAUGUUUGCAGUCUUUCUCAGUUCAUGCUUCUGGUUUUUGGAACUGUAUCCUUAAUUCCAAGUAAGGGUGGGGGAGACUUCAUUAAAUGUCACAGUUAUCAUGGCUGUGUAGGAUUUUGGUUAUUGGAAGUUGUUUGAUUGAAACGCUACAUCAAUGUGGGACAAUGAUGUUAAUAUUUAGACUGUACCAUAUUUUCCUUUGUAAAUUAUUUAUGAUGUUUUUCUUUUAAAAAUUCCUCCUCGUACAGAUUGAUGAAACUGCUUUGUUUUGCCAAAGACUGUAAAUAAUUAUUUAUUUGUUUACAUGGACAGAAUUUUACCAUUGAAGUCCUUCAUUUAGCUAGAGACUCAUGUUUAUACUUUAAAAAAUUAACAAUGAAAAAUAAAUUGUAAAACAGUUUUAUAUAAAA